GGUAGAGGACGAAGGGAAGAUGGCGGCCCGCUGGAGCAGUGAGAAUGUGGUGGUGGAGUUUCGGGAUGCCCAGGCCACCGCCAUGUCAGUGGACUGCCUGGGCUCACACGCCGUACUGUCCGGGCGGCGUUUCCUGUACAUGGUGAACCUCGAGGCUCCGUCUGAGCCGCCGCGCAAAAUUGGGCGACAGAGUAAAUGGGACGUGGGGACGGUCCAGUGGAACCCUCACAGGUCAGAGUCCCACGUCUUCGCCGCCUCGAGUAACCAGCGUGUGGAUCUGUACUCGUGGCGUGACGGCUGUGGAGAAGUUCACACCUCUCUGCAGGGACACACCCGGGUCAUCAGCGAUCUGGACUGGUCCUGGUUUGAACCAGAGUUCCUGGUCACCAGCUCAGUGGACACCUACAUCUACAUCUGGGACACCAGAGACACUCGGAAACCGACGGUGGUGCUGUCAGCUGUCGCCGGAGCGUCUCAGGUGAAGUGGAACAGGAAGAACCAGUACCUGCUGGCGUCCAGUCACGACGGAGACGUUCGGAUCUGGGAUAAAAGAAAGCCGAACACGGCGGCGGAGUACGUGGCGGCUCACCUGUCGAAGAUCCACGGCCUCGACUGGCAUCCAGACAACGAGUUCAUCCUCGCCACGUCGAGCCAGGACAACUCAGUGAGGUUUUGGGAUUACCGACAGCCCAGGAAGUACCUGAACAUCCUGUCCUGUCAGGUGCCGGUGUGGAAGGCCAGGUACACGGUGAGAAUCACACAUCGACCUUCAUCACACAUUUAUAGUUACAGCGACACACUGAACCAUCACUCAGCUGUGUCACUGUAUCAGUGCUCACACUGUCCUGUCUCUGUCUCCUGUCUCUGUCUCUUGUCUCCCGUCUCUCAACUCCUGUCUCCUGUCGCUUGUCUCCUGUCUCUUGUUUCUUGCCUCUUGUCUCCCGUCUCUCAACUCCUGUCUCCUGUCGCUUGUCUCCUGUCUCUGUCCCUGUCUCCUGUCUCUUGUUUCUUGCCUCUUGUCUCCCGUCUCUCGACUCCCGUCUCCUGUCUCUUGUCUCCCGUCUCUCGACUCCUGUCUCCUGUCUCUUGUUUCUUGUCUCUUGUCUCCUGUCUCUUGUUUCUUGUCUCUUGUCUCCCGUCUCUCAACUCCUGUCUCUGUCUCUGUCCCUGUCUCCUGUCUCUUGUUUCUUGUCUCUUGUCUCCUGUCUCUCGACUCCUGUCUCCCGUCGCUUGUCUCCUGUCUCCUGUCUCUUCAGCUGUUUGUUGUUGUUUACUGUGUUUGUUUGUUUCAGGCUCGAAGGAUUACCAGCUGGUCACAUGGUCCAGAGAUCAGACUCUGAGGAUAUGGAGGGUGGAUCCUCAGCUGCAGAAGCUGUGUGUCAGUGACUUGGUGGAGGACCUGAUGGAGGGGAUGUCUCUCACCGUGGAGUCGGAGAAGUCUCUGUCGUCUCAGGAGCCUGACAGUCAACACGGCGUCGGCGUCGCUGCUGAAAACCUGCAGGAUCAGGACGGCGCUCUGAGCUCGGCGGCAGGUUCAGGUGUCCCUCAGACUCUGCAGCAGGAGUUCUCUCUGGUCAACCUGCAGAUCAGAAACGUGAACGUGGAGAUGGACGCGUUGAACCGCAGCUGCGUGGUGUCGGCUCACUUCGGCAGCCAUCAGGUUCAUCUGGUGGUCAAGUUCCCCGCCCAGUAUCCAAACAACGCCGCGCCCACCUUCCAGUUCGUCUCCCCGACGACCAUCCCCUCCGCCACCAAGACCAAGAUCCAGAAGAUUCUGACCGACACGUCGCUGCAGAAGGUGAAGAGGAACCAGAACUGUCUGGAGCCGUGUGUCCGACAGCUGGUGUCCUGUCUGGAGUCAGACAUGACGCAGGAGGACGGUCCGGCCUCGGGCCCCUUCGUCCUGUCCAACCCGGUCACUCCGGCCCUGCAGGCGUUUCCUCGGGUCACCAACACGUACGGAUCCUAUCAGGACGCUAAUAUCCCGUUCCCUCGGACCUCCGGCGCUCGUUUCUGUGGCACCGGCUGUUUGGUUUACUUCACCCGACCAAUCACAAUGCACCGCUCUGUCCCGCCCACUGAGCCCACCCCCAGGUCGCUGUCAGCUCUGUCGGCCUAUCACAGCGGAGUGUUGACUCCGAUGAAGAUGCGCACAGAGUCUCAGAGCACUCUGCGUCUGUACAGCGGCAGCCCGACUCGCUCCGACAAAGACACUGUGUCCAUCUCCUCCUUCUACUAUAAAGAACGGAAGCUCCCAAUCUCUGCCUCCCGCCGCUGGUCUGUACAAACCCUCCGUGAUUGGCCGAAAUCCCGCCGGUUUAAGACGAAGCGAGAGGGGACUGACUACGGCAACCGUCCCAUCAAGCUGGCGGGGAAAGUGAUCAUCCAGGAGAUCUCCUGUCUGCUGCCCGUCCACAAAGCUCUGGGAGAGAGCUACAUUCUGAACAUGAACGACAUCCAGGAAACGUGUCAGAAGAACGCAGCGGCGUCGCUCACAGUCGGACGCAGAGACGUGGCGAAGGUGUGGGCGCUGGCGUCUGCAGCGACCAGUCAGGACCUGAGUCCAGACUCAGACCCGGACACGGAGACGCCCUGGGCCAGACACCCGUUUGGACGCCACCUGCUGGAGACUCUUCUGGAUCACUACAGUCACAUGAGUGACGUUCAGACUCUGGCCAUGCUGUGCAGCGUGUUCAGAACUCAGGCUCCGCCCCCCGACAGUUACUCUCUGUACGGACAUCAUCCGUCACGCUCCUCCAUGUUCCCGCCGCACCACUCACGAUACCCUAGCUACACGUCCAGCUCCGUCACCUCGGGCUCGUGCUCCAGCACCUCUGACUCCAUCACUGCCACCACCUGGAACACAGGUAGAGAGUCUGAGCACGCCAACCCGUGGGGCGAGUCCUCUCCUGAUGACUAUCGCUAUGGCAACCAGGCCUACACCGAUCCACGGGAACGAGAGCGAGAGCAGCAUGACAUGAACAAGAGACUGCUGGACCCCGCCAACACGCUGCAGUUUGAUGACUUCAAGAAGUGUUACGGUGAGAUCUUGUACCGCUGGGGUCUGAGGGAGAAAAGAGCCGACGUGCUGAAGUUCGCCUCGUGUCCUCCUGAACCUCACAAAGGCAUCGAGUUUGGUGUUUACUGCUGUCACUGUCGCAGUCAGGCUCGUGGGACUCAGUGUGCCGUCUGUAAGCGUCUGACCUUCCAGUGCGCCAUCUGUCACGUGGCCGUUCGAGGCUCCUCCAACUUCUGCCUAAGCUGUGGUCACGGAGGACACACCAGUCACAUGAUGGACUGGUUCCGUCGGCAGGACGAGUGUCCGGCCGGCUGCGGCUGCCACUGUCUGCUGCAGAGCACCUUCUGAUGUCACACAGACGCUCUGCAGACUAAAACCAAUGCUCCUCCUCAGAGACGGGUGGUGUGACGUGACGGAUCUGAACCUCUGAUGCACAGAGCUUUAACGGCUCCAUCAUGUGACCAGGCUUUAACAUGAAACAGCUGAUGUCCACGUCAGUCCGUCCAACACUUUGUGUGUUCAUCAUGAAGCUCAUUCAGAGGAUGAACUUUGUGUUUUGGACACGUUCGUCUAACAGGACAAAAUGUUCUUCAGUCAAAGCUACGAUCUGUAACUUCUGUGUCUCAGACAGGAAGUGUAUCGUUAGCCACGCCGCUGCACAGCUGAUCUCUCACCUGUCAGUCACGGUGACAGGAAGUCAUCACUGCUGAGGUUUAGCUUAUGUGCCCUGUUCCAUCACACGUUAGUGAUGAGUGAUGGAUGAGAUUUGAUCUGCAGCUAACUAUUGAUUAAUCUGAGGAUUCUUUUCUCAGUUAAUGGAUUCAUCACUGGUCUAUAACAUGUUAGGAAAUAGUUAAAAAUGUCCGUCACAUUUCCCCAGAGCCUGCAGUGAUCCCUUCAAAGGUCCAAAUUCAAACAUAUUAACUUUUAUAUCACAUAAAACAAAGAAAAGCAGCUAAUCAGAGAAUAAUUAGAUUUUUUUUUACUUUAUAAAAUGACUAAAAUGAUUAAUUAAUGAUCAGAAUAGUUUUAGAACUAUUUCCUAACGAUUAAAGAACUCAUGGCUGCAGCCCUGGAUGUGACCUGAUGGCGCUGGUUGACGAGACAUUUAUGCUUCUUCCUGUCUCUGUCUGAGUGACGGCUGAAUAGAGACGUGAUCACGCGACUGUUUUUUAAUGUGAAGAAGAACUUUCUGAAUAUUCUCUGUUAGGAAAUGAAGAAUGUGUGAAGAGUUUAUGAAUGUAGUUCAUGCAAAAUAAUAGAAGUUUGUUUGAAUUCAGUCAAAGUGGCGUUUAUACAAAACAUCAAUCUGAAACAUCUAAUGAAAGCUUUACAUUUUAAUGACCUUUAGCGCCACCCUCAGGACAACCUGAUCACUUUUAUUAUUAACAACAUGUAACAAUAUUAACAUUAUUCACACUGCUAAGAACUUUGUAACUGGGAUUAAAAACCUCCAGCAGCAGGA